AUGAGUAGAUUAAUUUUUGAUAUAAAUGAAUUUUUUUCAAAAAAUGACAAUAUUCCAGAGAAUCGACAAAACUUCUUACAACAGUAUAGGAUAUUUGCACAAUUCAUUGACAUAGAAUAUGUACCGUUUGAUUCUUCUAACAAGUAUUUUAGUAAAUUAUUAAUACGAAAUUUAUCAAUAUUUGAAUCAAACAGAAGUUUAAAUACCGAAACUACAUCAUUUCAUCUAUACAUGGAGGAAAAUACAUUUGUUCAAUUGUUUAUUAAUGAAGAAACUAAGAUAGAUUUGCAACCAGGUGACCCCGUUGAUAUCCAAGCAGUUACAUGGUAUGACUACGAUGAUAACAAUACAAUCAUAUUAGAAUCCGUAAAUCUCCGACCGAUUACAAUUAAAGAAAUCGAUGCAUUAAAAGAGUUCAUCUUAUCUCCAGAAGGUCGAUACUUUAUUAAUCCGUAA